AACUAUGACAUCGUUGCACUUGGUAUUUGCCCAGGAUAUAAGGCACAUACCGGUUGGGGUAUACAAUAGCGAUCUAACUGAUGAUCAAAUAUCAUUAUCCAAUUUAAUUCUUGAUUCAAUAAAUCCCCAAAACAUGCGAAUAUCUCAUUACCCAUCGCUCGAUAGCGCCGUUCAGUCGGUAACAAAUGGUGACAAUUAUUUGGUGUUUGAAUUUCGGAACAACUUUUCCGACAGUUUUGAGACACGAGUGACUGAUAUGUUUGACGCCAGCAAUGAUGUCAUCAAACAAAGCCUUAUAUAUCUAUAUGCAGACCUUUCACACCCACAAAUGUACGCAAUGAUGGUUAGAUACAUAUUCAAUGGAUUUAACAUAUUCACUGAAAAAUUGGGUCAAAUUGUAAACAAUACAAAUAUCUACGACCAGAUGAGUGCUAUUAGGGUUAUCGAAGUAUUUAACGGCGAUUUAAGCAAACCUUUGGCCACAUUUAUGUUUGUCGGACCACAAUUGAUGAUAUUUGUCGAGUUUAGUUUGGGUUUGAUUGUAUCGGCAUUCGUCAUGAUAAGUGACAAAUCGUCGCACAUAAUGAACCGGGUGUUCGCGGCCGGUGUCACUGAGUACGAGUAUAUGGGCGCCCAUAUACUCAUCAACGUGAUCAUUAAUUUAGUUCAGGUCAUAAGUGCGAUGAUUGUUGUGUUUAUCGUGUUUUUCGUUCAACAUUCAGGAAGUUAUUGGGAAAUAUUUCUAUUUUUAUUCAUGGAAAAUAUGGCGGGCACUUUUAUUGGUCUAUUACUCGCGGUCAUUUUCGGCGAUCCCUUUUCCGUUAUGGUUUGCGUAAUGGGAAUUUUAUUUCCUCUGCUAUACAUAUCAGGUAUCUUUUGGCCACUUGAGGCUAUUCCACAUAUGUUUCGGUUUAUAAACUAUAUAAAUCCGGUGACAUUUCCCAUGCAAUCCAUCCGUAAUAUAAUGGCCCGUGGUUGGACAUACCAACACCCAGAUUGUGGCAUUAUU